AAAAUUUUAGUCUACCAAAAAACCAACGAUGAAGACACAGGUUAUAUUUAUUAUUUUAUUUUUCACUCUGGUGGCGAUUUUGGGCGCCAACGCCGAAAGUGGCACAACCACUGAAGCCUCCGAAACCACUGAAGCCUCCGAAACCACUGAAGCCUCCGAAACCACGACAGCAUAUCCGCCAGCUCCGAAAUGGUCUUGGACGGAAUUUAUCCGGGCUUUAAACGGCAGCGGUAGUGGAAACAAGUUCUACUUCUUUUUCUAGACCGAUUAUUAUUUGAAAUUGGUUUUCUGUCAAUAAAUGAAGCACCUUAGUUUAUUUGCUUUAA